AUGGCUUGCUGGUCUCCUCCUAGAGCCAAACCUGAGGAGCAGCUCACUUUCCAUGACAAAAUACUCAGAGAUAUACCUCUAACAAGUCGGGAGUGGGCCUCUACCACGCAUGAGAUGACCGAUAUUGAAAUUCGAGGCCCAUCUCCAGUGAUGCACAACCGCCAACGGCAGCCAUUAGCUCGGUACAUUGUGACCAAGCCAGCAUCAGAGUUGGGGGGACCUGUCCACUUCUCUAGUGGUGUCCAAUACGAGGCGCAAGUCGCUAGCGGCAUGAGGCUGUCGAAGCACGCGAAAGCGUCCCUCAGGGAGUUCAUAUUGAAACCUGAGAUCAACUUCGCCAUAGAGCAAGCAUUACAGCAAAACGAGACGAUGGAUGUAUUUGCACGCGACUUUGAUAAACUCGGUGUGGACGAGUCCCGCAUGGCUAUGCUAGAUGCAAGUCUCGGCUCAGGAGCUGAAACUGGGCUCACCGAGUGGCGUAACUUUCAUGAUGUUACCUACACCAGAGAGAAGAGGAUUGAAUGCAUCCAUUGGGUGCCAGGAGAGCCCGAUGUUGUUGCUGCAUCGUACUUAGACAACCUCACCUAUGGCCAACGACUCGAGACCAUGGGCAAGGACCUCAUGUUAGCUGUAUCGGACUGGGAGUUCUCCCUCUGGUAUAUUGGAGGUUCCGCACCGUCUCUUACUCGUCCUAGAAGGGCGAACAUGGAUGAGGAGGAAGAGGAGGGGGACGAAGUGGAGACAGCGAGGCCUGUCAAGUCCCUGGCUGACAGAAUACGCGAGCCUAUAUUCCGGAGUGCGGCACCAAGCAACUACUUUGCGUGCGGAGCUUGCUCCCCGUCACGGCCCGCGGUGCUUUACUUGGGCAGAGUCGAUGGUAGUGUGGACGUCUGGGACUUCACCGACCAGAGUCAUCAACCUUUGAUGUCCUUUCCGGUCACUGCGGCUGGUCUUACAUCUAUGACCUUCUGUCCAGAGGGGAAGUCACUCAUGGCCGUGGGAGACGACCAUGGGCAUCUCCACGUGCUCAAGUUGCCUGUUAAUCUUGUGUGGGGCCCCGAUAGGGAGGAAGAGAUCGUUCGGCAAAUCCUGGAUCACGCCUAUCACAACCUUGAUGGAGUACCCGAGAGGAAGACGAUGCUCGAGGCUCUCAAGCAACAGAAUGAAAAAGUAUCUACGACGAUUGACCUCUGA